UUCCGAUGGUCAGCAGGUGGAGGACAGAAGAGAGGAGUCUGAGAGACAAUAAGAUGGUCCCACUGAGGCUGGUUGCCUUUGGCUUGCUGGCUGCAGCCUGGUAUUUCACUCGUGCUACUGAGGGAGAGGUCAUCUACGCAUGUCUGAAUGACACUGCAGAGAUGUCGUGUGAUGUUGGCAGUAAGAUAAAUUUGGAACACAUCCUGUACAAGGUUGGUGUAGGAACGAGGUGUGGGGAAGGAAAACGCCAUCCUGAUGACGGACCCGACAACUACUGCUCCUUCCCUUGGGCUGAGAUGGUGGUGGAGGAUCUCUGUGGGAACAAGAGGUCCUGUAAUGUCCCUGUCACUGAUCGGGUGUUUGGAGAAUACGACUGUUUGGAGCAGACCAGGUAUCUGGAGGUGUCCUACACCUGUGCUAAACCGCCUCCUCCACCUCCACCUGCUCCACUCAAACCUGACUGUGAAGACAAACCCGCUGCUGAUGCCUGAUGCUUUUAAAACUCUGAGACCAACCAAUCUACACUCAGUGACUGACAGGGAUCAGAGAUUAGACACAUAGUUACAUAGUCUUACAUUGUCUUGUUUGACAUUGUGUGUCAAAAUCAAUAAAACACAUGUGAGCUUACAUUCACAAGAGUUUGAAAUCAAUAAAUGUUGCUCAUUUUGUGAAACA